AUGCUGGAGAUUGGAACCGCUGCAGCACGGGCGCGAGCGCUAGAGAUCCGGCUGCUCCACUCAAAGGCCCGCGUCAAAGUGCUCGAGGAUGAGCUGCGCCGAAGACAGGCGCAAGAUUCGGUGGAGACCGAGGCUGCGCGGGUCUACAGCCUGACGCUCGUGAACGGCUCCCGGCACCGCGGUGGUGUUAGCUUCCGCAUCGUGCCCACUGGCAAUCAUCAAGUGAUGGGCCUGUGUGAAGACAAGCACGCCACCAGCAGCUUCCACGUCGCGUUGACCAGCGCAACUGGCACGCCGCUGGCUGCGCAGCUUCUGAUUGGAUGCCCAAGCGCCGAUCGCGGGCCCAUCGAGGGCUCGAUUGACGAGCCAACCCUUCGCGAAUGGGAGAGGCAGCAGGGUGUCUCGUCCACCUCCUCCUUAAAUGCGUCCCUCCGGCUGUGCGCUCGGUUGGAAACCUUCAACGUGCACACGGAUGAUCUCUGGAGCUCAGUCAACGUGACAAGCCGCACUGGCCGACUGCUGGACCGAAUGCAUCGUGCGGCGUGGCAGCCGGUAUGGACUCGACUCGUGGGCGACAGCGUGCUGCGCCGCCUCCGACACCACCUGACAAACAUUGCUCUCAGCGCCAUGGACGGCGGCAACAAGGAGAGGCGCCUCGAUUACACCGGCCUGAUGAAUCCCAACAAGCCGAACGGGAACCGCUGGUCCCUGACGUGCGUUGAGCAGGCCGCGAUCAGCUUUUGCGUCAGCUACGAGACGUGGUUCGACAUGCCUGACCCUACAUUGACUCUUCCUGACCCGCCGGCGUCACUCCUUGCAGCCGUGACAAACCUCACGCGGGGUCAGCAUAGCAAGCGCACCUUGUCGUACUUGUCGCUCGGCUCGCACUCAAAGAAUAUGUUUGGCGGUGACGAGACGGCGGUUCGCCGCUACGCUCACGGGUUCGAGUCCUUCCUGUCCCACCAAGAGGUCGACUCGCGGGUCUUACUCGCCUUCGAGACCCCACGGGCAAACUACGCGACGCCGGGCAAGUUUCGGUCGAUUGGACUCGACUGCCAGGCGUCGAACUACCGCAUUCGCCUGCGCAACCUCGCGUCUGCCGACGGGUUUGCGAGAUCCUGCGAGAAGCAGCAGCACGUUCGUUGCGGUGUGCUCGACCUCUUUGACCCUGUGCUGCCGUUUGUUUUCGACGACGACAUGUUCAAGGUUGGAGACCCCAUCCACUUUCGGAAAGAGCAGUGGGCGCCCCCUCGGAUCCUCGAGGCGUUUGUCCGCCUCUACCAGAACCGCUCUCGCCGCACCCCACACGGCACGGCAGUCUCGUGCCUCCUCUCCCGCCUGGCAGGGCGGUCCGAAUUGCUCCUGUGGGCGCGGGCGGCUGCGCUGCUGCCAGAGGAGCCUGCCAUCGCCGCGCACGCCACGGCACUAUUUGGCACCAAGCCAUGCACCGCCUCGCCCGCCUCUUGGGACGUGCUCGGGCCGCUUCCGAUUGGGAAGAACGAGGUUGACGGUGACCCGCUCGAGGACAUGGGCGGCGGGCUUGUGCAGGGGCUCGGCCAGCGUGCGGUGCUCGAAGUGCAGGCGUGGGCGGCGGAGGACCCGCGUGCCCCGCCGCGGCUGCUCAACGCCGACGUCUAUGGCGGCGGAGGGAGCAGCCUGGCGGCGCUGCGGCUGCGGGCGGGCGUGUAUCUGCUCGCGCUGCGGCCGCGGCUAGUCGUUCAGUCGCGGCUGCAGUGCCGGCUCUCCGCGAGCGCCGAGGAAGCGCUCGAGCUGCUCGACCCCGACGCGACGUUCGACGUUGCUCCCGGGCAGCUUCGGCUGGUGCGCGACUCAGCCGACGCGUACAAGCGGAAGCCCAAAGAGGAGGACGGCUUCCAGUUCGGCGUGGACGGGUACUGGGUGGUGGCGCCGACGCGGCACGGCGCGCACAACUGGGAGCUCGGCGGGCGGCUGUCGGCGGCGGCCGCUGUCGCCGCCGUCGCAUCGCUUCCGCGCGAGCAGCUGCCGUCGUCGGUGGGGGUCGACGCUGCGCGCGUGCUGUACGUUGGCCAUUCGAUGGGUGCUCACGGCGCGUGGGUGGGUGCGGUGCAAGGGUCCGCGCACGCGCUUGGCGUGGCAGCGGUGGCGGGCUGGACGACCAAGGAGGGGUACGGCGACUCGAACUUUCUGUGGCGGCAGUCCUCCUCCGACGUGGGCGCCUCACACGUUGAGCCGGCGCUCAAGGGUCUGCUCGAGGCUGCCAUCGCAGAGAAUGACGCCGUGCAUCCUUGGUGGUCGCGUCGAAUGCUUCGUGUUGCUCGCGGCGCGGCCGCCGCAGCCGCCGCGCCGCCCGACGUGCAUCUCACCGAGCUCAAGGGGCUGCAGCACUGGUGGUGGGACACUCGCGCACCAAACGACGGCGGUGCGCUCAACGAUGCCGAGAUGCGCAACUUCUUUGCGCGCGUGCGGGGCGGCGAGCGAGCGACGGGGCGGCCGCCGCUACCGCCGCUCCCGCGAAGCUUCGUGCUCCGCGCGCACAGCCCCGCCUCCUACUCCGGCCGGCGCGGCUGGCGCAUCGUGCAGCAGCGCGUGCCGGCUCGCCUCUCCGAAUUGCGCGUCGUCAGCGAGGAGAGCAGUGGUGGCCGCUGCGGCGGCGAGGAUGGCGGUAGCGGCGGCAGUAGCGGCAGCGGCAGAGUCGACGGCGCUCCGCGUGUGAUCGUGACGACACGCAACAUGAGGAGGCUUGAGGUGCCAGGCGCGGUUUUGCGCUGCAGAACGGCUGCUACGGCCGCACAGGGCAGUUGCGCCGACGCCGCCGCAGCAGCAGCAGCUGGCGGCGCAGCGACGUGCUCUGGAGGCGGCUUGUGGAUCGACGGCGAGGAGGUAGCAUGCGCGGCCGACGCAGCCGAGGGGGAGGAGGUGGGGGAGGAGGAGGGGCGCGUGGAGUUGUGCUCGCUCUCGCCCGGCGAGAAGUGGCGCGUGUGCGGCGCGCAGAGCUGGCAAGUGGCCGAGCGAUCGCUGGUGUCGGCGGGUCCCGCUCGACAAGCGAUGCAGGCGCCGUUUGCGGUGGUCGCCGGAUCUCAGAGCGGGGCGGGCGCGGAGGGGGAAAGAGGGCGGGGCGGCGGCGGAGGCGGCGCGAGCGACGACAGGGACGGCAGCGGCGUGACUGCGGCCUCGCUACUCGAGCUGGCAGUCUUCUUUGCCAACCUGCAUGUGCAGACGAGUGACGCGUCACCGGCGGUGGUGCUCGACACGGACGUCGAGCACGCCCUCGCGGCUGCGCUCGCGGAUGCGCUCGAGGACGCGGACGGGGCUGCGGGCGCGGAUGCGGGCGCGGAUGCGGGCGCGGAUGCGGGCGCAGUUGCGGGCGCGGCGGCGGACGCGGCUGCGGGCAGGGUGGAGAGCGGGGUGGCGGGCGGGGCUCAUCUUCCGAAUCUGGUUCUGAUCGGCGGGCCGCGGCACAACGCGGCGACGAGGAGGCUGGCGGCGUUCUGGCGGCGGGUCGGGCACGCUGCGUCGUGGAGCGAGGGGGGGGCGCUGCGGCUGGGCGCGUGUGAGUACGGCGGAGCUUCGGUCGGCGCCGUCCUACUCGGGCCGACGCCAGGCGGCGGGCUGGCGCUCGUCGUGGAUGGCUCGGACUUGCGCGGCUUGCGCGACGCCAUCGCGCUUGGAGAGCCCACCAUCCCGCCGAUGGCGCGCUCCGUCCAGUCGCGCACACGGCCUAGCACGGGCGGCAGGCCCACGCGCGACGCAUGCAGCGCGGGGCGGCUUCGCGAAUAG